GCGUUCGUUCGCAGGAUCCUACUGAUAGCCGCAAUGAGAGGUUUAUUGGUUGGAGGAGAGAACAUUCGCCAAGCGUGCGUUAUAAUUCUGUCCGAGCAACUAAAAAUGAGCACUGAGCCCAUGUUUAAUGCAAAGGUUAGGGGAGAGAUUGGUCGAAGAUAUUGUAAGCAGAGAACAGGCGGUCAGAAGAGCUUGCACGAGAAUAGUCAAGACAAUGGCCGAGAACAGAAAGGGAAACUGGACAUUAGUACAAGUACGGUUAUAAAAGGAAUGCUGGCUAGUGACGCUAUUAAGGUAGCGAGGGAAGCAUUCGCUUUGGUUCUUGAAUCUGGUGGGGUUGAUGCCAUUAGGGAUGCGAUCCCCCAGCUUGUCCAGCGGUUGGACGAUUCGGACUCGUCUGUUCGCUGGGCGGUGGUGGAUACGAUGGAAGAACUGGCUAAGAACGCUGAUCUGGUUGGUCCGAUUGGGAAUGCGAUUCCCCAGCUCAUCCAACGGUUGGACGAUUCGGACUGGUUUGUUCGCUCGGCGGUGGCUCGUACGAUGGGAGAACUGGCUAAGAACGGUGUGUACAUCCCAAGGAGCGGUCAAACACACCUGACGUGUAGUAUCAGCCGAUCUGGAUGGUCCGAUUGGGAAUUCGAUUCUCCAGCUCAUCCAGCGGUUGGACGAUUCGGACUCGUCUCCAAUCUGGUCGGUCCGAUUGGGAAUUCGAUUCCCCAGCUCAUCCAGCGGUUGGACGAUUCGGACUCGUCUGUUCGUGAGGCGGUCGUGAAUACGAUGGGAGAACUGGCUAGGAACGGUGUGUACAUCCCAAGGCCCGGUCGAACACACCUGACGUGUAGUAUCAGCCAAUCUGGUUGGUCCGAUUGGGAAUUCGAUUCCCCAGCUUGUCCAGCGGUUGGACGAUUCGAACUCGUCUCCGAUCUGGAUGGUCCGAUUGGGAAUGCGAUUCCCCAGCUCAUCCAGCGGUUGGAGGAUUCGGACUCGUCUGUUCGUGAGGCGGUGGUUCGUACGAUGGGAGAACUGGCUAAGAACGCCGAUCUGGAUGGUCCGAUUAGGAAUGCGAUUCCCCAGCUUGUCCAGCGGUUGGACGAUUCGGACUCGUCUGUUCGCUCGGCGGUGGUUCGUACGAUGGGAGAACUGGCUAACAACGGUGUGUACAUCCCAAUGAGUGGUCGAACACACCUGACGUGUAGUAUCAGCCGAUCUGUGGUUCGUACAAUGGGAGAACUGGCUAAGAACGGUGUGUACAUCUCAAUGAGCGGUCGAACACACCUGACAUGUAGUAUCAGCCAAUCUGGUUGGUCCGAUUGGGAAUGCGAUUCCCCAGCUCAUCCAACGGUUGGACGAUUCGGGCUCAUAUGUUCGCUCGGCGGUGGUGGAUACGAUGAGAGAACUAGCUAA